CGUCGGGGCUGCAAGGACUUCUUUAAAUAGGUUAGGGAAGGGACACUUUUUGAUAUAUUAUUAUGGUGCUGUUGCCUUUUUUUGUGGCAAAUAUGAAUUCUACCUGUUAAACUAUAUGAACAGAGCCAGCAACCAAGAAAAUAAAACAGUGCGACUGUUAACUGUUUGGGUGCCCAUCCCACCAUCAUCAUGAACGCUCUGUCAUUCACGCCUCUGUGGUGCCUACUUGUCUUCUCUCUGCUUCCCCCUACUCUUGCUAAAGAGGGAAGUAAGAAGUUACAGAUUGGUGUGAAGAAGAGAGUGGAGAAUUGCCCCAUUAAAUCUCGCAAAGGGGAUACCCUCAACAUGCAUUACACAGGGAAGUUGGAGGACGGCACAGAGUUUGAUAGCAGCGUAUCCAGAAAUCAGCCAUUCACCUUCACACUGGGCACUGGACAGGUCAUUAAGGGCUGGGACCAAGGUUUACUAGGAAUGUGUGAGGGAGAGAAAAGGAAGCUGGUUAUUCCUUCAGAACUGGGAUAUGGAGAUAGGGGAGCACCCCCAAAAAUUCCAGGAGGAGCUACACUGAUCUUCGAGGUGGAACUGCUGAAGAUUGAAAGAAAAACUGAUUUGUAGAUGGGGUUGUGGGACAGACUUGUGUCUAUGUUUGGGGUCCUGUUUGUGGGGAAAGCAGCGUCACACAAAGCUCAAUAAACACAAACACUAAAA